AUGAAUUCCAUACCGGCGGAAAUCAUUGCUUCAUCAUCCCCAUUCCGAUUUCUAGUGGGCCCUAAUCAGCGGGAAUUUAUCAUAUAUUCAGCUCUCUUUGCACACCAGUCCCCUGUUUUUGAGAAAUUAGUAAACGGUAAUUUCUCUGAAUCAACAGAAAAGUGUGUUCAAUGGAAAUCCGUGGAUGAAGAUACUUUCAUUUGUUUCUGGCAGUAUACGCAUACUGGGAGAUACACUGCUGCUUCUCCGGUUAUUGGACUAAAAUCAGAAUCCGAAGCCACUUGUGAGCCACCACCACCGAGUCCGCCAUCACCAACCUUUGCAGCCUUCUUUGGUACUACGGCUGCUAAGAAAGACGAGACUCCUCCAAAAGAACUUACAAAACGUGAGAUUCAGUGGAAUGAAUUUAGAAAACAGCGAGCUUCUGUCAAUUUUGGCGCGUUUCGUUCUACUGGUGGUCUCUUUGGUUCACGUGUCAGAAGCAACUACGCGCAUGAAGUGUCACGACCCAACAACUUAUGGUCAUGAUAAAUGAACCUACAGGG